AUGAUCUGUGGAAUAGUGGUAGUUCUAAUGUGUGCUAUUCCCAAGUUAUUGUUAGCAGAACUGGAUCAUGGAGACGAAAUACUGAGAACGAACUCCAAAAUCAUAAUGGAACUACAGUCAAGAUUAUCUGUGAUAGAGUAUCUACAUAAACAGGACACAUUACGUAUCGCUGAUCUUGAGAGACAACAACAGACUUACCAAAGCCAUAUUGCUGCUCUCGAAAACAAGAGGGAGAUUGAUCAAAGUCGUAUAAAUGACCUUGAGAAACAGCGACAAACUGACCGAAGUCGUAUCGCAGAUCUUGAGAAUGACCAAAGCCGUAUCACCGUCCUUGAAAAACGAUGCCUCAUUGACCAAAUUCAUAUAACCGAACUUCAGGAACAGCAACGCGGCUAUCUCGACCGUAUUGCUGAUCUUGAGAAACAUCGGCAAAAUAGCCACCGCCUUGUUUCUAACCCCGAUAACCUCACAAGAAAUGAAAAGAGUCCUGUUGAAGAUAGACGACAAGAUAAUUUUACCUCCUCUAAAUUGUCAGCUUCAUCGUUGGGAACUAGCAAACAAGGUUUGAAAAAACGCGUUAACGCCGACUAUGAAGAUAUGGUGGCAUUUUAUGCUGUUUUAAGUCAUAAUUAUGACCAAGUAUUCAAUGAUAUGGAUAUUCGUUUUGACCGAGUGCUCACUAAUUUUGGAAGUUCCUACAGUGGUAACACUGGUGUUUUCACGUGUACACGUGCUGGCGUGUAUAUGUUCUCCUGGACAGUUCACGUAACAACAAGAUAUUCGUACACAGAACUUGUCAAAAACGGAGCACCGAUUGGACAUGCGUUCUCCGGAGAUUCGCCGUACAGUGGCUCUGGAACUGGAUUAAUUGUUUUGCCUUUGGAACAUGGAGACGAAAUUUCAAUCCGACUUGGUUCACAUGUACCAACCACAGUUUAUGGCGCCGAAGCAACGACGAAUUUCUCCGGAUUUCGUCUCCAAUCUCAGUGA